CCUCACCACUUGGCUGCCCCAUUGUGGACAUGACAUAAUGGGCUUGUUAAAAAUCUUCUUGAUGCCCAUAGGGUUACAAGAAAAUCUAUUAUUACGGAAAGUUAAAAAAAGAAAACUGAAUUCUAGCCAGCUCAGAAAUUACCACGCAUGAGCUGAUCCUGAUAUAUCCUGCCACCUCGCUCACAACUCAUUCAUUAUCAUUAUAGACCUAAAUAAAUCCUUGAAAGGACCAUGAUGGCCUGAUGGAUACGAUAAAAACUCAGUGAGAACAGGAUGGAGAUUUAAAUGUAGGCUAUAUUUCAAUGUAAAUAUUUUUCAGAAAUUUUGAAGUUUGAUAGUUUAUUACUUAUAAAGAUUUAUAAUGUUUUUUUAGUUUAUAAACAGACAUGAUUAUGUAAUCUGCUUUUUUAGGUAAAUUACAUCAAACCGACAACAUAAUAGAAGUAUUCUUUCACGCUCCAAAUUAUUCCCUUCUAGCGAUCACGUCAAAAGUAUUUGAUUUCGCUAACGUUAUAGACGAAUUACUACAAAACUCUGAAUUUUCGGAGAAGUUCAACAACAUAUCGGAAAUUACUGCCGAGAAUUUCAGAAAAAUCUUAGAAGAAUUUGGUUUGAGUGUUUCAAAGAACAUUCAAUUUCAAUUUAGGCACUGCGAUUUUUCAUCUAAAUUCAGAACAAUCGACGGUUCCUGUAAUAAUAUAUUUAAGCCAUUUUUAGGUAAAACUAACGAAGUUUUCAAUAGAUUAAUUCCUGCAACAUACGAAGAUGAUAUAAAUACUGUAAGAAAAAUGAAAAAUGGCGAAGACUUACCUAAUCCUCUUCUGGUUAGUCGUAUUUUGACUUCUGACGAAUACGAUAGUAAAAUUGAUGUAUAUAUUUCUCAUAACUCAUUGUUUGUCAAUUGGGGACAAUUCCUCUCUCACGAUUUAACAUUUUCUUCUACGUUUUCCACGUCGAAUGGCUUCGGAGCGAGAUGCUGCGAAGGUAACAAGCAUCCAGAAUGCAUACCAUUAGCAAUGAGAUUUGAAAAUAAUUACGUUGAUAGUAAUUAUUGUUUCAAUUUUAUGAGAUCCGUCAGUUCUCUCAGGAAGAAAGUUGAUAAUCCUCUAGUAUCUCAACGUGAACAAUUAAACAAGUUGACAGCCUUUAUAGAUGCUUCAAAUGUUUAUGGAACCACUGUAGAAGAACUACGAUUUCUUAGAGAUUUAAACGGACAUAGAGCCAUGUUGAAAUCUGAAAGGACUACAUACGAAAUACCCAUUCGUUCUGAAACAUCGUGCAGAACUUCUGUUCCAAACUGUGAAAAUAAAUGCUUACUAUUAGGAGAACAAAGAGCAUCAGUGACAUCAGGCUUAAUGGGUAUUCAUACUUUAUGGCUUCGAGAACACAAUAGAUUGGUGAAAAAAUUACAGGAUAAAUUUUCAAAUAAAGAAAUAUUAUUUCAAGAAGUAAGAAAAAUUAUUGGAGCCAUGAUGCAGCAUAUAGUAUACGACGAAUAUUUACCAUUGCUUCUUGACCAUGAGACAAUGAAGAGCAAGGAGUUAUAUGUUCCAACUAAGGACUACAAAUAUGAUCCUUCAAUAUCGCCAAACAUCUUGAAUAGUUUUUCUACAGCUGCUUUUCGAUUUGGUCACAGUAUGGUUAAUCGAAGAGUCAAAAAAGCAUUCUCUAAAAGUACAGGCCGACGUCUAGUAACAGAUUUCUUUAACGUCAAUGACUUUUGCAACAGUACAAUUGAUCCCGUUCAUAAUAUUUUACUUGGAUUAAUGCAACAGGAGGCAAAUUUAGUUGAUAACGUGUUUACAAAAGAACUUACUCAUUAUUUGUUUGCAAAUUCUGAGAAUUCCCCCGGACACGAUUUGGUAGCCUUCGAUAUUUUAAGAGGAAGAGAUCAUGGAUUAGCUCCAUACAAUUCUUGGAGAAGAAGAUGCAAUCUUUCUUCCGCAACAAGUUAUGACGACAUGGAGUUGUUUAUGAAAAGCAAUGUAAUAAAUAAAAUUAAAACAAUAUAUAAAGAUUAUAGAGAUGUAGAAUUGUUUGUAGGAGGGAUAAGUGAAAAACCAGUCCCAGGUAGCAUCGUAGGACCAACUUUUGGAUGUAUUAUAGCGGAACAGUUUCGAAGACUUAAAUUUGGAGAUCGAUUCUGGUACGAAAAUACGAAAACUCCGGGAUCUUUCACGCAAGAACAAAUACGUGAAAUCAGAAAAACUACAGUAGCUUCACUAAUUUGCAGAAACACUAAUGUAGAAGUAAUCCUCCCAAAUGCAUUUUUAACUUACAGUUUAACCAAUAAGCCCACAACUUGUAAAUAUAUCAACGAAAUAGCUAAUAUGAACCUCAGCUAUUGGUGAAAUGCGAUUCAUUAUUAAUCCCGAAAUAAUGAUUUAAUUCACUACAUUUUUUAAUUGGCAUAUUUAGAGUCUGAACACAUAACGGAACACAUAACGGAACACAUAGCGGAACACAUAACGGAACACAUAACGGAACACAUAACGGAACACAUAGCGGAACACAUAACGGAUUUGAUAAAAGAGGCCCUUUUAGUAUCCACAGAGCGGAAAGUUAAGAAAAGAAAAAAAAUGACGUGUUAUAUGAAAAUAAAAUUUAAAAUAGAAUGAAUUUUGAGAAUUAUUUCUUAGUGUGGGAAAAAAAAAUCUGUUCUUUCUUUUUAAAUCUUUAAACACAUUUUCGAGCCGAUAAGAUGAUAGGCCUACACCUGAAAUAUCAGUCAACCACUUAUGACUAAUCUAUACCUUAUAAUUUACACAACUGUACAUAGUUCGGGUCGAGGUAUAGGGACCUGAACCAGUAUUUGUAUGAUAAAAUUUUAAUUAUGAAGCAGGAAAAAAAAUUGUGAACGAAGGAAAGAAAAAACGCUAAAACCGAGAACUUUCCAUCAAAAUAAGGCUUAGAGAGGCUCUGAGGGCCUUAUGUAAUCGCUCUCCAUCUUCCUUCAAGGCAUUAUUUCAUGCUUUCACUCAUAUGAUCGAUCCUGUUGCGAGUCCUCUUAUAAUGAACACAGAUAAGGAUCAUCUGUUGCAUUCCACAUUUGUGGGAUAGACAUCAUUGUGAAUCAGGUUUGUUCAUAAUGAGCAAACGCGUUGAUAAUCGAAUAAAUUUUGUGGAAUUGUGGUAAUAUAAUUUGUUAAUCCGCUCAUCUAUGCUAUCGACCCCGUUGAAGUUACGUUCUUGCAUAAGUGGCAAAAUUAAGGAUGACCUUGUAGAAUACAUGCUCAUUAAUAUUCGUUAAAUCAAACGAUACAGAAAUCCGAUUUAUAUAUACAGUAUUUACAUUCUCUUUAUUAGGACCAAAACCCGAAAUCUGGCCAGUGCACGAAACUAUCAUCAGCUUAUUUUUUAACUCUCUUUGUCUUGUAAACACCAAGAGGAUCCUUUUUCAACAAGCCCAUUAUGAGUUUGUGCGGCCGGCUGAUCAGGCACAGGACCGACUUGCCUGGUGUUUUUCGACCCGUCCGGAUUCGAUCCCAAAUUCCCCAUAGUAAGAGUAGAUUACUACCUUAACAACUCUAUCAUCCGGCCACCACGUUUUGAACUUUGGCCAGAAAAUUUUAGUACCGGUCAAAAAAUU